AGGAAGAGGAAGAGGAAGAGGAGGGACAGAGGAAGAGGAGGAGCGGCCGGCAUCGCCCCCGGUCCCGGUGCAGCAGCGUUUGCCAUCCCCAAACCUCGGCCGGGACAGCAGCAGGAGGAGGAGGAGGAGGCCGCGAGGAAGAGGAAGAGGAAGAGGAAGAGGAAGGUGACCCGGGAGCCGCAGGCAGAGCAGGAGCUGAGGAUGGAGAGCGGCGAGGAGAAAUCCCCACGGCAGAGCUCCACGGCACAGGAACCCACCAGGGAGGAGAAAUCUUUGGUCCUGAGCAGCUCCACGGCACAGGAACCCACCAGGGAGGAGAAAUCCCCGUGGCAGAGCUCCACGGCACAGGAACCCACCGAGGAGGACAAAUUCAUGGUCCUGAGCAGCUCCACGGCACAGGAACCCACCGAGGAGGAGGAAAAGCCCCGGAGAUCCCUGUCCAGGAGGGGCUGCAAACGCAGAUCCCAGCGCGGAUCCCAGGGGGAAAGACCCACCUUGGGUCGGAGCUCGGAGCUGGAGGUCCAGGAGCUCCUCCAGGAUGGGAAGAAGAUCUACGUGUGCUCGGAAUGCGGGAAGAACUUCAGGUGGAGGUCCACCCUGCUCAUCCACCUGAGGACCCACACCGGGGAGAAACCCUACGGGUGUGGGGAGUGCGGGAAGAGCUUCAGAGGCAGCUCCAGCCUGGCUGUCCACCGGAGGAUCCACACCGGGGAGAAGCCCUACGAGUGUGGGGAGUGCCACAAGAGGUUCCGGACCAGCUCGGAAGUUCUCAAGCACCAGCGCUCGCACACGGACGAGAAACCGUUCCUCUGUCCCGACUGCGGGAAGGGCUUCAAGCACAACUCCACCCUGGUCAACCACCGGAGGAUCCACACCGGGGAGAAGCCCUACGAGUGUCCCCGGUGCGGGAAGAGCUUCAGGAUGAGGAGCAGCCUGAUUUCCCACCACCUGAUCCACACGGGCGAGCGGCCCUUCGACUGCGGGCAGUGCGGGAAGAGCUUCCGACGGAGCUCCCACCUGGUCGUCCACCAGAGGAGACACGCGGCGCGUCAACGCGGCGCCCACGGUUCAGAAAAACCCACCGCGGCACCGGGAGGCGGCCGGAGCUCGGAGUUGGGGGUCCGGGAGCGGCUCCGGGGUGGGAAGGUGCCCCACAAGUGUGGGGAGUGUGGGAAGAGCUUCACGUGUAGGUCCUCCUUGAUCUACCACAGAAGAAUCCACAGCGGGGAGAGGCCCUACGGGUGUGGACAGUGUGGGAAGAGCUUCAUUUCGGGCUCGGAGCUGGUGAAACACCAGAAGAUCCACACCGGGGAACGGCCCUACAAGUGUGGGGAGUGCGGGAAGAGCUUCAUCAAGAGCUCCCACCUGCUCUACCACCGCAGGAGCCACACCGGGGAGAAGCCCUACGAGUGUCCCCAGUGCGGGAAGAGCUUCAGGACCAGCUCCUGCAUGAUGGAGCACCGGCGUGUCCACACCGGGGAACGGCCCUACGCGUGCGCCGUGUGCGGGAAGAGCUUCGUGCUGAGGUGCCACCUGAUGGUCCACCGGAGGACCCACACCGGGGAGAAACCCUACGGGUGUGAGGAGUGCGGGAAGAGGUUCACCACCAGCUCCUCCCUCAACGUCCACCGGAGGAUCCACACCGGGGAACGGCCCUACGAGUGCGAGCAGUGCCACAAGAGGUUCCAGACCAACCCCGGUCUCCUCCGGCACCGGCGCUCGCACACGGACGAGCGGCCGUUCCUCUGCCCCGACUGCGGGAAGGGCUUCAGGGCCAACUCCAUCCUGGUCAACCACCGGCGCGUCCACACCGGGGAACGGCCCUACGCCUGCGGGGAGUGCGGGAAGAGCUUCGGUUGGAAGUGCCAACUGAAGGUCCACCACAGGAUCCACACCGGGGAACGGCCCUUCACGUGUGGGGAGUGCGGGAAGAGCUUCACCCAACGCUCGGGCCUGGCCGCCCACCAGAAGGUCCACACCGGGGAACGGCCCUACGAGUGCGACCAGUGCCACAAGAGGUUCCGGAGCAGCUCGGAAGUUCUCAAGCACCAGCAGCGCUCGCACACGGAUGAGAAACCGUUCCUCUGCCCCGACUGCGGGAAGGGCUUCAACCAGAACUCCAGCCUGGUCAACCACCGGCGUGUCCACACCGGGGAGAGGCCCUACAAGUGUGGGCACUGCGAGAAGAGCUUCAGCGCGAGGUCCAGCCUGAUUUCCCACCAGAAGAGGCACGGCCAGGACGGUCCCCACGAGUGUGGACGGUGCCAGAAGAGGUUUCCCACCGGCGCGGCUCUGCAGAGCCACCGGUGCGCACGGCCGGAGGAGAAACCCUUCCGCUGUCCCGACUGCAAGAGGGGCUUCAAGAGCAGCUCCUACCUGGCCAAACACCAGCUCAGCCACGCCGGGGACAGGCCCCAGCCGUGUCCCCAGUGCGGGAAGAUGUUCUCCAGGAGCUCCCUGCUGGCCAAGCACCAAUGGAGGCACCACUAAAGGCGGCGCUGAGGCCGUGGGGAGACUCCGAGCGCCGCGGAGACGCCCCACGAGUGUCCCCGGUGUGGGCAGAGUCACCCAGGAGAUGCCAAGUGGUUGUCCAGCAGAGGAGCCGCGCCGGGGAGAAACGCCGCGAGUGUGGGGAGAGCUUUGGUGAGAACUUCAGCCUGAUGUGGGGAGAAACCCCACGAGUGUGGGGAGAGCUUUGGUGAGAACUUCAGCCUGAUCUGGGGAGAAAUGGAGAAACCCCACGAGUGUGGGGAGAGCUUUGGUGAUGAUCUGGGGACAAACCCCACAAGUCUGGGGA